AAAAAAAAAAAAAGCUAAGAUGGCGUCUCGUGAAGAAAGAUAGGAUGGCUUAAAGAGUGAUGAUGUUGGUCGGAGAAUGAUUGAUAAGGACAUAAUUGGUACAGUUUGAGACUCAUAUACUAUUAAAGGAACCUCUGCCAUACAUGUUUCGAACCUGUGUGUUUGGCAGAACGGAGUAUAUGGGAAACUGAGACUCAUAAACGGUAAACUUUGCUACCAGCGGUAGCUAGCCAACUGGACCGAGCACAGCUGGCCAACCUUAGCUAGUCACCAUCACAACAGAGGAAGGAGAGCAGCUACCAGCCCUAUCAUACCCCGGGACAUCGAUGUGUCUUCGGGUCAGUCAUAGAAAUGCAUGAGACAAUGUAACCUAGUGUAAAAGGGGCAAUGGAAGGCGAAGAGUUUGUACCUCCUCCGGAGUGCCCAGUAUUUGAGCCGUCAUGGGAGGAGUUUCAGGAUCCCCUGGCCUACAUCGCCAAGAUACGCCCAAUUGCAGAGAAGUCUGGAAUCUGCAAAAUUCGACCUCCACCAGACUGGCAACCACCAUUUUCACUGGAGCUGGAUCGCUUCCGCUUCACACCUCGCAUCCAAAGGCUUAAUGAGUUGGAGGCGGAGACCAGAGUGAAGCUGAAUUAUUUGGACCGUAUAGCCAGGUUUUGGGAGAUCCAGGGAUCCUCCUUAAAAAUCCCACAUAUCGAAAGGCACAUCCUUGAUCUUUUCAGCCUGUCAAAGCUUGUGACAGAUGAAGGAGGUUUUGAGAUGGUCUGCAAGGAACGGCGCUGGGCUCGUGUGGCCCAGAGGCUUGGCUACCCUCCUGGCAAGAACAUUGGUUCUCUGCUGCGCUCGCACUAUGAGAGGAUUGUCUACCCUUUUGAAAUGUUCCAGUCUGGUGCCAGCCUGCCGCAUUGCAAGCCAAAGCAUUAUGAUGGUGAGGAUGUGGACAAAGAGUACAAGCCUCACUCCAUCCCCUUGCGACAGUCUGUGCAGCCAUCCAAAAUGAGCAGUUACGGACGCAGAGCAAACCGCUGCCAGCCUGAUGGUCCAGAGGAUCUGGCCCCCCAUCCUCUCACCACUGGCUCUCAACUCAUCUCUGCGCCUGAACCUACUGAGGAAGACAUAGAGAAGAACCCAGAACUGAAGAAGCUACAGAUCUAUGGUGCAGGACCUAAAAUGAUGGGACUUGGACUGGUGGCAAGGGACAAAGGCUUUAGGAAGAAAGAUGAGCUGCCUCAGACUGUUACUAUCAAAGACACUGUGUCUGCUGCUCCUGGUGAUAUCUCAGUCAAAGCGGAACCACUGGAGCCUCAAGUGGAGCAGAGGGAAGAGGGCACAUCUAGUCCCCAACUACCUCCCCCCAGCAUCACAGUUAAGACUGAAAUGAAGAAUGAAGAACUAGAAGAGGUGGGUGGGAAAGAGAAUGAGGAGGACGAAGAUGAUGAUACAGAUAGACCUUGCACCAAAAUGACCAUGAGGCUUAGGCGCAACAUCAACAACCCACAGAGUAUGGAUUCUUAUGUGUGUCGAAUGUGUGGUCGUGGAGACGAUGAUGAGAAACUUACGUUGUGUGAUGGCUGCGAAGAUAACUACCACAUCUACUGUCUACUACCCCCACUCGCUGAUCCUCCCAAAGGCAAUUGGCGAUGCCCUAAGUGUGUGGCAGAGGAGUGCAAGAAGCCUACAGAAGCUUUUGGUUUUGAACAAGCUACAAGAGAGUAUACUCUGCAGAGUUUUGGGGAAAUGGCUGAUGCCUUUAAAGCAGAUUACUUCAACAUGCCUGUCCAUAUGGUUCCCACAGAGCUUGUGGAGAGAGAGUUCUGGAGAUUAGUCAGCAGUAUUGAGGAAGAUGUGACUGUUGAGUACGGAGCAGACAUACACUCCAAAGAGUUUGGCAGUGGUUUCCCCACCAGCAAUGGCAAGAGGAAGCUCACAGAGGAAGAGGAGGAAUAUGCCCGCUGUGGCUGGAACUUGAAUGUGAUGCCCGUGCUGGAGCAGUCGCUCCUGUGCCAUAUUAAUGGGGACAUCUCUGGGAUGAAGGUGCCAUGGCUUUAUGUAGGCAUGGUGUUCUCAGCUUUCUGUUGGCACAUUGAGGAUCACUGGAGCUACUCCAUCAACUACCUGCACUGGGGUGAACCCAAAACUUGGUAUGGGGUUCCCUCUGUGGCAGCUGAGCAGCUUGAGGGGGUGAUGAAGAAGCUGACACCAGAACUGUUUGAGUUUCAGCCUGACCUCCUACACCAUCUGGUCACCAUCAUGAACCCCAAUAUCCUCAUGGCGCAUGGUGUACCGGUUGUACGCACUAACCAGUGUGCUGGUGAGUUUGUGAUCACCUUCCCCAGAGCCUACCACAGUGGCUUCAAUCAGGGAUAUAACUUUGCUGAAGCUGUCAACUUCUGCACUGCAGACUGGCUGCCUGCUGGCCGUUCCUGUAUUGAACACUAUCGAGGUCUAAGGAGGUACUGUGUGUUUUCCCACGAAGAGCUCACCUGUAAAAUGGCUGCUAGCCCAGAGAAACUAGAUCUCAACUUGGCUGCAGCAACACACCGGGAAAUGUUCAUUAUUGUUCAGGAGGAGAGGAAGCUGCGGAAGGGUCUGAUGGAAAAGGGCAUUACUGAAGCAGAGCGUGAGGCAUUUGAGCUGUUACCUGAUGAUGAGAGACAAUGUGAUAAAUGUAAGACUACAUGCUUCCUCUCUGCUCUGGCCUGCUCAAACUGUCCCGAGCGUCUGGUGUGUCUUUAUCACACUCAGGAUCUGUGCAGCUGCCCCACUGAAAAACUUUACCUCAGGUACAGAUAUACCCUGGAUGAGUUGUUAGCCAUGUUACACCGGUUAAAGGUUCGGUCUGAGUCCUUUGAUUCCUGGGCCAACAGAGUUAAAGAGGCACUGGAGCAAGAAGAGGGAAACAAAAUAGGAAUUGAUGACCUGGAGAUGCUGAAGAUGGAAGCUGCAGAAAAAAAGUUUCCUGACAAUGAACUUCUCCGGAAACUCAAUACUGUUCUGAAAGACAUAGAGUGCUCCCAACAGACUUGUACUAAACUCCUCAGUAACUCAAAAACCAGUGAGAGUAAGAUGACUCUGGCAGAACUGAAAUCCUUGGUAGAGACAAUGCAAAACCUGCCCUGUGUGAUGAACCCGUUGGAGGAAGUGCAGGCGGUUCUGCGGGAAGUGGAGGAUUUCCAAAGCCGGGCUCAAGUCCUGGUCAAUGAUAGGGACUGGAGGAGAGACUCUCCACCACCUGAGCAACUGCAGAUGUUGUUGGAGCAGGGGAGCAAGCUGCCUGUUGUGGUGCCAGAGUGUAAUUUACUCCAGGGUCUGAAGGAGCAGGGCCACUGGCUGGCAGAGGUGAGGCGUACCCUAGGUGCAGAAGAAGUUGAGAGGCGGGAGGUGACGUUAGAUGUUUUGAGGAACCUAAUGGAAACAGGCUGCAACGUGCCCCAGAGUGUGUCUGUAGAGACGGCCAUGGCAGAACUUCAGGAGCUGCUCACAAUUGCAGAACGAUGGGAGGAGAAAGCACAGAUCUGCUUAGAACAACGACAAAAACACCCUCUCUCCACCCUGGAGGCAAUAGUAAAUGAAGCUCAACUUGUCCCAGUCAAGCUUCCAAACAUCCUGUCUCUACAGGACUGUCUCACUCGGGCACGGGCUUGGGUAACAGACUUGGAGGAAAUUCAGAAUGGGGAGCAUUACCCAUGUCUGGAUGACCUAGAGGGCCUAGUGGCUAUUGGGAGGGACUUGCCGGUCUUCAUGGAGGAGCUGAGGCAGCUAGAACUGCAGGUGGCCAGCGCUCACUCAUGGAGGGAUAAGGCCAGCAAGACCUUCCUCAAGAAGAGCAGUCAGCAUAGUCUACUAGAGGUAUUAUGUCCGUGUGUGAAAAGGAGAGAGAGACGAGAUGAGAUCGAGCUGUUGGAUGAUUCAUUAGAUGAUUCUGAUACCAACACUCUGGGCCUCUCUGCUCAGGACCUGAGGGACCCUGCAGCUAUUGUGAUGGCCUUCAAAGAAGGGGAAGACCAGGAGAGGGAGGCAUUAUUGAGGUUUCGGAAGUUGAACAUGUGUAAAUCUGGACUUAACACUGCAAGUUACAAGGAGGUCAAGGAGAAUGGGAGGUGGGAUGAUGUCAUGGAGGUGGAUGCAUCCAGCCAAUCAGAGAACUCUGUAAAAGAGAACAGUAACAAUAACCUUGCCUGUACUGCCCCCUCUCAGUCAGUGUGUGUGUGCACCAGGCAGUCACAUGCACCUCAGCUCCGCUGCCAUCUGUGUAGGGACUGGUUCCAUGGUGGCUGCGUUCCUUUCCCCUUUCUGUUCCCCUCCUCUACACCGCCAGUUAACCCCCUUUGCUGGUGGGACUGGGACUCGCGCUUCUUGUGUCCACGAUGUCAGCGGUCACGACGCCCACGUUUGGAGACUAUUCUGGCACUACUUGUGGCCCUGCAGAGGCUGCCAGUGCGUCUGCCUGAAGGGGAGGCACUGCAAUGUCUUACAGAGAGGGCCAUCAACUGGCAGGGCCGAGCCAAAGAUGUGCUUGAGACACCAGAGCUGCAGCAAGCACUUCACAAGCUGCAAGAACUCAAAGAGACUCUUCACUGUGAGGCAGAGAAAGAGGAAGACAUGGAAAAGCAGACAGAAGGGAGUUCAGUCAUUGUUUUGUCAGACUCCGAGGGAGGCGAAGGAGAUGAUGGAAUCAUUGAUCUGACAGAGGAGAAUUCACCUAAAAAGGAUACCAAGGAAAGGAGAGGCACUCAGGCUGGAUGUGAAAAUGGCAUCAGCAAGAAGUCAAAUGUUACAGGCGUGGCGUCUCUGCUGCCCCUACUGCCUCUGUUAAAAGGCCCAGUAGUGGAGCUUUCCCCAGCCACCAGGGUCCAGCUGGAGGAGCUACAGUUGGAAGGAGAUCUGCUGGAGGUGUCCUUGGACCAGACGCACAUCAUCUACAGAGUCCUCCAGGCCUCCUCUGUUCCACCCAUAGAAACACUGCACACACUCAUCCAGAUUGAGCUUGAAGAGCAGAGACGGGCCAGCCGGGGACGUGCCAAGGAUUCCAAAAGGAAGAGAAAAGGCCACAGAGGUGGAAGUGGAGAAGGGGCGGGAGAAAGGCCAUUGUAUGCCUCGGAGUCCAAGAAAACCUGUCCUCUCAGCCCCUCCCCUCACUUACCUGUCCAGGUCUAUCCAGAGGUUUUGUGAUACAGUCAACGCUGGAACUCUGUUGGAGGAAUUGAAAGGACAGAGCAUUUUUUUUUUUGCCAGAAGGCAGUGUCACGUUAUAGAAAGAUGCAGGACACCCCACCCAAACCAUACCCUGCAUCCCUUCUCAUCCCUCAUUCAUACAUCCAGACACUAACAGAGCAACAACUCCUCUUCGACACUCCUUAACUGGGACAUAUCUGCACCUGCCAUGAUUGUUUGUUUUUUUUUCAGACUUGCUGUCUUACCCCAACUUCAUUGUCUACUUUCCCUGGAUCCAUUCUCCCUGUGAACAUAUUAAGACUUUUGGAUCGCUGUGGGACUUAUAGCGUAUAUAUAGAGUGUUUUUGGUUUAGAGAUGUCUUCAAGGUCAGUCAAUAUGCUAUGUUAUCCCAACUGUAUUAAAUGCUAGUUUGAGCGAAGUCUGUCUCAGCACUGGCGUUCACUUCUUUUGAGCCCAAUUGACGCUGGAUAAGCUAUGGGUUAUUUCAGACAGUUCUGUUUGGGCAUGAAUCCUGAAGCUGAGAUACAGCAGGUGGUUUCGACAGCUGAUCUUAAACAACAGCACCAUAGUUAAAUGUGUAUUUUUUUUAGUUGUAUUGAAUCUUGUGUUUGAUGCUGUUUUGAGGGGACACGCAUUUUGAAUAAACCGAGUAAAUUUUGGGAAGUGUUUAAAAGCAGGCAUUCAUGUUUUUGGUGCUACUUUUCCCUAAAUGGAUAUCUGUACCUCUUGGCUUUGUCUUUCUCCUUCCUUCCCUCCACUUGAUGCUUUUGUCUUUUAAAGCUCCCGUCCUUCACUCCAUGUUUUACCCCUUUCAGUUUGACCAGUUUUUCUCCCUCCAUAGUUUCCAAAAUUAAGAUAACUUCACUUUAACUCUUGUCAAACUACUUGGUUUUCUGGGUUCAAAUUAUUAUUAUUAUUAUUAUUAUUGCUGAUAUUCUAGACACACAGUUGUCAUGAGUUUGUGUAUAAACGUUUCGUUAUAAUGUUGCCUUUGUUUCUUUUCACUCUUGUUAGAAAAAUAAAGGUUUAGAAUUGUUUAGGA